UGCCAAAGAUUCGUCUGUCUCCUCAUUCUUUCGUUUGAUUAUUAAUCGCCCACCACCAACCCAUUCCCUCCAUUCCCAUUUCUCUCUUCUUAAACGCCAUCCCUCUCCUCAAAAUCCCCACGCCAUCGCUUCAAAAAACGCCUCCAAAAUCUUCAACCUCAAAUCUUCAUUCAUAUACCCAGAUGGGUUUUGACGAUCUUCCUAAUACGGGUCUUCUAUUGGGAUUGGGGUUAACGCUUCAAUCCAAGCCCGCCUGCCUUUCUCAAAAACCCAACAACCCUGUCAAUUUGUUCAGUUUCCCCGCCGUCGAAUCCGAGCCGUCCUUAACUUUGGGGCUUUCUACUACGGCUGACUUGUGUCGUCAACCGUCCCCUCACAGCACGGUUUCUUCCCUCUCUGGCGGAAGGGUCAAGCGUGAAAGAGACGUUUCCGGCGAGGAUAUUGAAGAAGAGAAAGCUUCUUCUCGGGUUAGUGAUGAAGAGGAAGAUGGGUCUAAUGCUAGGAAGAAACUUAGGCUAACUAAAGAACAAUCCGCCCUCUUGGAGGAGAGCUUCAAACUUCACUGCACUCUCAACCCUAAGCAAAAACAAGCCUUAGCCAGAGAGUUAAAUCUUCGGCCACGACAAGUUGAAGUUUGGUUCCAGAACAGAAGAGCCAGGACAAAGCUAAAGCAAACAGAGGUAGAUUGCGAGUUUCUAAAGAGAUGCUGCGAAACGCUAACAGACGAAAACAGAAGACUGCACAAAGAGCUGCAAGAAUUGAAAGCCCUGAAACUAACCAAGCCUCUGUUCAUGCAAAUGCCGGCGGCAACACUCACCAUGUGCCCCUCCUGCGAGCGGAUCGGCGGCGCCACCGCCACUGUUAACGGCAACGGGAAUUCCAAGGCCGCAUUUUCAAUGGCUCCAAAGCCCCAGUUUUACAAACCCUUCACCAAUCCCUCUGCUGCUUGCUAAUCGAAUUUGCCUAGCUAGAAGCAAAAAAAAAAAAAAGAAUUAGGUAAUUAAUCAAAGAGGAAGAUCCCCAGAAACCCAGGAUUUUUUGGUUGGGGCCUCGUUUAGUUCUAGUUGGUUCUAUUAAUUAAAAAAAAAAAAACAUAGUAACUACAAAUCCAAUUAUUAUGUCUCCUUAUUUGAUUUCAUAUGUUUGUACAUAAACUAAAUUAAUGUUGUUAUUGAAGAAAAUAUUUGUAA